GUCGCUCCCUGUGCAAGUUUAGUGAACAGCUGUAGUAAGUGUUUAUUUUUCGUUCGCUCGCUUUUUUCACCUGUUUGUUAGGCGCAUAAUUGGUCGUUACUGAUAAGCCCCGAAAUCGGCUAAACUUUGGAAUUGGAGCUCAUUCGCUUUUUGGGCACUUUCGAGCGCAGAAAUGGACUCGGACGACAAUUCAAGUGGCACCAUUACCGGCAGUGAUCUCGGCCAGCGUUAUCGGCAUGCAGGUGACUUAACUGGCGAAGCCCCAACCAGACCCUUCGCCGAGAUCAGCAUUACGGUUCCAUGGGGACACAUAUCCGGCAAGUGGUACGGUCCGCAGAACGUCCAACCAAUUUUAGGCCUUCACGGGUGGCAGGAUAAUGCGGGAACCUUUGAUCGCCUGAUGCCGCUUCUAUCGCCGGACGUGGCAUUCCUCUCGAUCGAUCUUCCUGGCCACGGGCUAUCGUCCCGACUGCCUGAUGGCUGCUACUACAACUCCGUGGAUAAUCUGUAUGUGAUCCGCCUGAUCAUGAAGCAGUACAAGUGGGAGAAAGUGUCCCUGGUUGGGCAUUCAAUGUCGUCCAUUAUUUGCUUUGUUUUCGCUGCGGUCUUUCCGGACAAGGUGGACAUGAUCAUUGGAAUUGAUGCCCUGAAACCUCAUCAGCGUCCGUAUCCGUCGGUUAUCAGGACCAUGGAAACCCGUUUGGACGAGUUCUUGCGUGAAGACGAAAGGAACCGGAGUAAGAACGAGCCGCCGAGCUACACAUACGAUGAACUUAUUGAGAGGGUCUAUAUCGGCACCUUCCAUUCGGUGAACAAGGAGCACUGCAAGCAUUUGAUGGCUCGCAACAUCGGCAAGUCGGAGAAGUACCCGGACAAGUACUUCUUCUGCCGCGAUAGGCGUCUCAAGUUUUACAACUAUGCCAUCGGGUCACAGGAGCUCUGUGUGGAAAUGGCCAAUCGGAUCACAUGUCCUUACUUGUUCAUCAAGGCCGCCCAGUCCUCGUAUUUCGAGGACAAGAAGUACUACGACGAGGUGCUGGAUGUGCUGUUGAAGAAGCCGAACUUCGAGUACCUGGAGGUUAAUGGCUCGCACCAUGUGCACAUGAACGAUCCAGAGGCCAUUAUUGCACCGGUCAACAACUUUAUCCAGCGCUUCGGACCGGCGGCAGCGGCUGCAUCCCGCCAGAAGGCCAAGGAGACGAAGGAGAGCAAGCUUUAGGCCAAUGCAGUGGUAAAUAGAGCUUAUUUAUUGUAGUACAGAUUGUACAGGUUUUUAUACUUAAUUGUUUAUGCUAUGUGAUCGCGGCAGAGGACUCGGCUCUGCUAUAAAUACACAAUGUACAUAAGCCGA